AAAAAUGGCUAGAUAAAAACAUAAAUAAAUAGAUAAAUUAAUAGAUAAAAAAGUAAACGGAUAAAUGAAUGAGCCUGCUUUUAUGUGGGAAACUGAGGGGAAGUUAAACUGCAUUCCAAUCUGCAUGGUGUGAUUGGCAGCUGGGGUUGAAGCUAUUUAUUAUUCAGUACGUCUGGCUAAGUGACAAAGCAAAGGAGAGAGAGAGGGUGCAGAUGAGGAGUAGGUGGAGGUACGGAGCAUUUUCCAGCACACUUCCAGGCUAGAAAUGAGAUUUUUCACUACCUCAUGAACACUUAAAACACCAAAUACUGAAUGUGACACUGUUGUUAUCCAACUGUGUACAGUAUAAAAACUCUCAGUACAGCCCAAUGGUCCAGUAAAAAAAAAAAACUGCUUUAAUGAAAUUUUAUGAUCAGUUUUUAUAAUGUUGUUGGUCUUUGUUGAUGUUUAUUAUUAGAUGUUUCGGCUUUCUUGUUUAGAUAAAUACAUACUUUUUACUGACACCUUAUUAUUCAUUUUUAAAGGUGAAAAUACUGGAAUUAAACUAAUGCAACACAAACUACUUGUUGAAAAUUGCUGUGUAAUUUCAUUGGCAUCUCUUUGACAUGCUUUUAUUUAAACUGCAAGAUUUCAUAGAUACUGUGCCCAUUUUUAUCUGGAUAUUUGAGUUCUUUGUAGCCUCUUGAUCCUUGUGUAAUAGGUGCAACAGAGCACUUCUAAAUCUUUGAAAGUCUGGUUGAUAUGAUUGCAUAAUCUUUUAUAUUGCAUGUAUCUUUUCCAUUGGAUAAUCUUUUUAUUGUUUUUUAUAUUUUAUAAGUGUGAUAUUCGCUAUUGUUUAAUCUCAAGUAUUUCACAUUAAAGGUGGGUUGGUUUUGAAACCAUAUGGGAUCAACACUUCUCCAUAUUCAUUUAAAACUGUUUAAUUAGACUCAUGCUGUGCUGUACUAAACUGUUGCUCAUUACCUGCAAGUCACACAGACUGGACAGCAGGGCACAGCGAUGAGCUACGUCCUGCCAAUACCUCGCAUUGACAUGUGAAGCCACCAUAGCAGUAAAUUUCCACCUUAAAGGAUCAUAUACUGUAAAUGUCAAAGAUAUAAAGGCAAGAAAAGGGAAGAUGAUUUAGAAGACAUGGAACAGUGUGCAGCUUGCACAAACUGCAUCAGUUCUUGUUUACUAAAGAAAUGCGUUAUAACUAACAGCCUUUGCUUCAGAGUUAAGUCUGGGGUUUUGGAGACCUCAUGUGUCAUGCAUUACUGCAAUUCUAUCACAAAUGUCAGAGCUUUAACCCAUAAGCCUGCUUUAGAUUUAAGCUCUGGACAAAUAAAUUGUCUGGUUCUGUUAAACUACUCAUACCUACUCUGAAAGAUUAAAGAAAAGCAUGCAUCACAACACUUGCAAAUGCACCUAAAAUGCACAAUACAUUAACAAAAAGUCACGUUUUUAUGAACCCUGCUCAUCGGAUUCCAGCAACACCAAGAUCAGCUACACGAUGGCGCCAGAGUCACACGAAUAAAAAACUCACCCUUUUGUUAAAGCUGAAAGCAUUCUAGCAUCCACCAUUAAAACAUUCCAUGUGCCCUGCCAUCUCACUGCCUUUUGUUACACAUCCUGCGAGUGUCUUUUGGUGAUUGUCAUGUGGGCUGUGUAGUUAUAUAUGUUGCAGGGACAGUUUUUACAUAGCAAGCUUUUACAGUGCAUAUCCCGAAGAGGCUUGCAUCUAGAGGAUGAGAGAACAAUUUCAUUGUCUGCUAUAAAUAAUCUCUCAGCAUCAUAGUAGGCUGACCUCAACCGCACUGCUCAUUGUCAUCCCCUGAGGGGACAGUCGGUGUCGGGCAGCUAUGAACGACUCAGGCGCAGUCCAAGAUGCUAUUAGAAUAAACGAACCCCAACCUAGCUGACAUCAUUGCGUCUGGCGCUAUAGAGAUCGUAGUACCUCCUCCUUCCUCCUCACAUCCAUUUGAAUCCGCCUGCGUGUGUAGUCAGUGGCACUUAAUCAGAGCGCACCAAGUCAGGAGGCGGACCGUCGGGUGAACCAGAUAGUAAAGCUGAACUGGAAAGGCAGCAGUGUGCGGGACAACGGAGAAAGAGGAGCUAUCCAGAGGACGUUUCCAGCUGCUGCUUUCGAUUUUCACGCCCUUCUGUCCCACAGUGGGCCCAGUUUUACAGCUUUGUUUCUGUCCCGAUCCUCUUGUCUCGGUCCACUCUGUCGCAUCUGACAGUGGUUCCCUUGGAGAUGUCCACGAAAAGACGAGACGAUCCGAAGUCCCGGUUGAGACAUCAAGAUGCUCUGGGCAACAUGACUCGCCUUCCUUAUUUUUCUCCGGAGUCUGUAGAAUGAAGAAGGAUUAAAUCAAAUUAAAAAGAAAGAAAAAAUCUGAUUAGAGCGCAAAGAUGACGGUACCUUUGCUGAAGAUCGGAGUCGUGCUGAGCACCAUGGCGAUGAUCACCAACUGGAUGUCGCAGACCCUCCCCUCUCUGGUGGGGCUGAAUACCACCAGGCUAACGGCGGCACAGGGAGGGUACCCAGACCGGAGCACAGGAGUGUUACCAGCAAACCCAGAGGAGUCAUGGCAGGUGUACAGUUCUGCCCAGGAUAGCGAGGGAAGGUGUGUCUGCACUGUGGUGGCGCCCCAGCAAUCAAUGUGCUCGCGGGAUGCCCGCACCAAACAACUGAGGCAGCUGCUGGAGAAGGUCCAGAAUAUGACCCAGUCCAUCCAGGUGCUGGACCAGCGUACCCAGAGGGAUCUGCAGUAUGUAGAGAAGAUGGAAACUCAGCUCCGUGGUCUGGAGACCAAGUUCAGGCAGGUGGAGGAGAACCACAAGCAGAACAUUGCCAAGCAAUACAAGGCCAUUAAAGCGAAAAUGGACGAGAUUAGACCGUUGAUACCAGUGUUGGAGGAGUACAAAGCCGAUGCCAAAUUGGUAUUGCAAUUUAAGGAGGAGGUCCAGAAUCUGACGUCAGUUCUAAGCGAACUACAGGAGGAGAUGGGUGCCUAUGACUACGAGGAGCUCCACAACAGAGUGUCAAAUCUUGAGGAGAGACUCCGAGCAUGCAUGCAAAAAUUAGCUUGCGGCAAACUGACGGGCAUCAGUGAUCCAAUGACAAUCAAGACGUCUGGAUCCAGGUUUGGCUCCUGGAUGACUGAUCCUCUGGCACCUGAAGGGGAUACACGGGUCUGGUACAUGGAUGGUUACCAUAACAACCGCUUUGUGCGGGAGUACAAGUCUAUGCAUGACUUCAUGACGUCGGAUAACUUCACGUCCCACAGGCUGCCCCACCCGUGGUCAGGCACAGGUCAGGUGGUCUACAAUGGUUCCAUCUACUUCAACAAAUUCCAGAGCCACGUCAUUAUCAAGUUUGACUUCCGCACCUCGUCCAUCAGCAAAUCCCGGCAGCUCGACUACGCGGGUUUUAAUAAUGCGUAUCACUACGCCUGGGGAGGCCAUUCAGACAUUGAUCUGAUGGUGGAUGAGGGAGGCCUGUGGGCUGUCUACGCCACCAACCAGAAUGCAGGCAAUAUUGUUGUCAGCAAGCUGAAUCCCAACACUCUACAGAUUAUCAAGAGCUGGACCACCAACCACCCCAAAAGGAGUGCUGGUGAGUCUUUUAUGAUCUGUGGCACGCUCUAUGUCACCAACGGCUACUCAGGAGGCACCAAGGUCUACUACGCCUACUCCACCAACUCCUCUACUUACGAGUACAUUGACAUUGCUUUCCAGAAUAAGUACUCGCAUAUCUCCAUGCUGGACUACAACCCACGUGACCGUGCCCUCUAUGCUUGGAACAAUGGCCACCAGGUCCUCUAUAACGUGACACUGUUCCAUGUCAUACGCUCAGAGGAACUGUAAUGGAGAUGGAUCUAAAACAUAAAUAAAGACUGUCUGUAUACAAAUCUCACUAUAUUCAAAAUGGUAUCUGCAAAGAAAAAGAAAGACUAUAUGGCAAGGCCAAUCUAUUUAUAAAAUAAUAAAAAACCUCAGAGACUACAUCAUCUAUGAAUGCAAAAUGGUUUGAAUGUGCAUAUGAAGAAAAAAAAAAUCUAAAAACGAAGGGUUUCAUUCCAAAAUGUGAUAUAGCUAAAAAAGCAAAAACGUUAUAUCAGUUAAUAUCACUAAAUCAAAACUGAUUGUAAGGAAAAAAACAAAAAACAAAAACUAAACUUCUUUGUAAAUAUAUGACUUCUGAUUUUAAUAGUUACUCUUAGUAGAUUCCCCCCCCCCCCCCCCCCCCCCCCCCCUUUUUUUUAUAGAUGCUACCAUUUUCUUGGAGGCAGUUUGUUUUGGAAUGAAACUCUUUAACUGUUUGUCGUAUCGAUAAUGAUUGUACAAGUAGAACAUUUAUCAGACUCAAAAGAAUGACAACAGAUGCCAAAAAAAGAAGAAGAUGAAGAAGAAGAGAAAAAAAAAAUCACGCCUUUUUUUAUAUCAUGGAAUAUCAACCUAAGCUCAUUCCUGCGGCUUAAGAUCUUCUGCAGAAAUCCUCUAAGAUGAACUUUUCUUCCGGUCGAUGGGGGUCCCGAAACAAAGACUGUUACUAAUAAACUGUGGGACCCCCAGGUCCUGUGGACAAAAGCAAAGGAGGUCAUUCUAGACAGAAGACUUAGCCUAAUGGAGGCAAUCUGUCAUCUUGUUUUUAUCAAGUACAGUAGCAAAUCUAAAGUCUGUAGAAAAACAACAUCAUCUAAAAGACCUGAAGGCACUGACUGUUGACAGCGCUGUUUUUCAAUCUGAUUUUUUUCCUGUGUUGGUGACUAUGUGUGGAGGCUUUCUUUGCAUGAGUGUUUUCUAUCACUCUGGUCUGCUCUUCUGAAUGUCUUUAGCUGUAUGAUACUAUAAAAAAAUAUAAAUAAAUAAAGGGAAAGAUAUCAGGUGGGAGGGGGAGUAAGCAAAAACCCCUUUGGGAUUUGAGGAUUUGCAAGAUUUACUUUUUCCUGCUUCUUUCUAUUUAGUUUUGUAUUUUUUUUAUUUAUUUGUUAUUUCUUUUUCUGUUCUUUGUUCUUUUCAAUUAUUCUUGUAUCACUGUAACUGUUGGCGUCGUUAUCGCCUCUCUGUACUUGUUUAUUUGGACUGUGUAGGAGGAAUCUAUCUAGCUCUCACCUCUUUGAAGAAAAAAAAGAAAAAAAAACAGAAUGUAUGAAGUAUUGUAUCCUGGAUAAGGGAAACUGGAUAUCUUAUCCUUAACUCACAUCAUGCGCCUGAAGUAGGGAAAGAUCUUUUUUAGAAGAUAAUCCUGUCUCAUGUCAUGUAUUCCCCACUGUUAGUAAAGGAAAAUGUUGUUUAAAUGUAUACCCUUGCUGAGGACAAAAGCUUUUCACUCUUUUUGCGCUUUGCUGGACAUGUGUUGUAUCUGAAAUGAGAUAGUUAAUGAUUCGUGUCAAUAAAACAGAGAAAUCUGA